GUCAAUUCUGACACGUCCCUCUUUUUCAUCGAAUCAUACAAAAGCAGACGCUCUCGAAGAACGAUCACGUUUGUGCGAAAUUGUGCGCUAAUUUCCCUCCGCUUCAAGUGCGAGUGCGUUCGUGUGGUGAAAAACAAACACAAGAGUCGCGCCUUUCCAGCAGCACACUGUGUGUACAAUCGUUCGCUCUGUCCUGUUCUGACAAGAAAAAAAAACCGGCGGGAAUUCGACAGAAACCCAAACACAAGCCCACCAUCAGCAAAAGCUAUUUCGGUCGUGUGGUUGCUGGUACGCGGAAAAGCCAUCGCCUAUUGUUGUUGCGGUGUCGUAAGCGGUACGCGCUAACCUACACCGCGCUCUUGGUGACGGAGACACCCGUAGAAGGCGUACGCCGUAGGUCGCAACUAUAUCGGUGUGUUGGUGUGUGUGCGUGCGCGUAUGCUGUUUGUAACACCGCGGUCGAGCGUGAGUGUGUACGCGAUUGUUCAAGCACGGCUUCCGUUUGGUAAGCGAAAAUCAUCAUCAGCAAGCCAUUUGGCGUGUGGUGUGCGCGAUUCACAGUCCCACAGCCGAGAGAGAGAGAGUGAGGGAGAUAGAGAGCGAGAGUGGUUUGGAAGAAGCGGAGAAUAAUCGACGGUGAAAAUGUCCGAAUCUAAAGCAGCGGAAAAUGCAAAGCCGAUGGAGGUGGAGGCGGACGCGCCAUCAGAUAUGAAAUCGCCGACAAAGCGCACACCGAAGAGGAAAGCGGUGGAAGCGUUUCAAAAGGAAAGCGAAGAGCUGCUGAAAUCACUCGGCGUUUCGGUCGAUCUCGAGGAUGGACGGCGCCGCACACGAUCCAGUGCACGCGGAGCAACGCCAACGACAGCAGCAGUCACUGCAACGCCACCGUCCAAGCGAGCACGCGGCGCAUCGACCACACCGAAGCGCACCGAAAAGCCGGCAGAAGCAGAAGCAACACCCAGCAAGCAGCAGUCGCCGAGCUCGAAAUCGUCCACCCCGAAGAAGCGUGCGAUCCAGGCCGAACCAAGGAAGCUGGUAGUGCUGGUAGAUUCGGAACUGCCCAAGGAGUACACCCGGGAAAGGAUGGCGGCAAAGACGGAGAAAAUGGACACCACCACCACCGCCACGGAGGCUGUAGCUGAGUCGGAUAAUGUGGAGAAGAAGAAGGAGCAGGAGGAGGAGGAUAAGAAGGCAGCUACUACCGAACCAGCGGAGAAGGUAGAAGAGAAGAAGGAGGAAUUGGUGACUACUACGGAAAAGAAGCAAGAAGAAGUUGAAGAAACCAAGGAAACUCCCGACACUGAGAAGAAAGAGGAAGCAAAGGAGGAGGUUAAUGAAAGGAAAGAAGAGGAGGAGGUGACUGUGGCAAAGGAUGCGGAUGCUGCCGCCCCAGAAAGCGAUGCACCAGCGAAGGAAGAAACGUCCCAAGACAAACCGCCGGCUGAAGAAAAGGCUAUGGAAGUUGAUACGCAGGACGGUGGUAAAGCAGCGGAGCCGGUAAACGACACGCACCCAAAGACGGAAAGCGCGGCGGAAGCACAAUCUAACGAGAAGGAAACAAAGGAUGUAGUAAUGGAGGAUGUGUCGGCGCAGGAAGUGGGGAAGGUUCCGGAGAAGGAAGUGGAGAAAGUGGAGAAAGUGGUAGAAAAGGAAGUAGAGAAGGAACAAGAGAAGGCGACCGAGAAGGAACAAGAGAAGGUGGUAGAAAAGGAGGUAGAGAAGGAAGUCGAGAAGGAUGCCGAGAAGGAGGCACAGAAGGUUGAGAUAGAAAGCAAUGGAAGUGUAGUCGACGCUACCGUUGAUACUACAACUCCCAAGAAGGAAGGUGGCGAGCCAGCUGCUGCUGCUGGUGGAGUAAAUUCGGCUGAAUCGGCAAACCACGAAAAUGCAAAGGAAAGCACACCGAAGAAGGCAUCCGACGACGAGGUGACAGAAACUGUCGACGCGUCGAAGGCGCCCGCUGAAUCGCACGAGAAGGUGACAACACCAGCUACAAAACCAGAGCCAAUCGUGAAUGAGGUUGUCGCCGCUCCUGCCAUCGGCCCGGAUACAGAGCAGAAGGAAACGGAGACGAAGGAUGUGACGGCGAACAACAUCACAACAAAAGACGUGGAUGUGGAAAAAGUAAAAGCAAGCAAUGUUCCAGAGCCAGUAAUAGAAAAGGAUGGUGUCGUGACCAGCAACUAGAUACCGCUCGAACUGGGGUUGCUUGUUCUUCUCUCCCAAAUGGCUCUGGAUGACGACGAUGACGGCGGCGAUGGACAUGUACGAGGCGUGUUAAAAUUAAUUCACGAACCGAAGAAAAUAGGUUUGCAUUUUACUAGUUAGUACACACAGAAUUUGACGGCUUGUUUUAAAAUAGUAGUUGGUUAACACUAUAAAGAGUGUCACCCCCCUCGGUGACGCAGCAGUACUUUCCUCCUUGUUUUCCCCGUUGGUUUUGCCUUUUAUUCGAUCUAUUAAUAAUUUUCUUCAAUUUUAAAUUUGAUCUCUUUUUGAUACGAAAGGGGGGGGGGGUGAAAUGAUUCUUUUUUCUUCUUCUUUUCUGGACAAAUUGGAAAAAAACAAUCAACCAACAUAGAUGAUAAAAAUUCAUACGAUUGUUGGCAGCCACUUUGGUAAGGUGUAGAGAAGGGUGUAUAAAUUUAGUACCCGGUUGGAUCGUUCUCCGAGGGUACACUUACUUUCAUCGACACAUGAAAGCUAAUUAGACAGAGAACGAGAGAGUGAAAUACAUAUUUUUAAAUUUAAAAAAAAAAUAUAUAACAUCAUGCAGAUAUGGAGAAGAGAGUAAUUUUUUUUUUCAAACUAGCCCGUAAGUGAAUGAAAAUUUUAGUCAGUAGAUAGAACUAGCCGAGAAUGUACAAAGUAAAGCUGAAGUCGAUGCGAUGAUAGGGAAGAAUUUAAAACAAAAAAAAAAAACAUCCGUGUAAUCACCGUGCAUAGUAGCAGUUGUGUGUAUAGUGUUGAAAUAUUAUCUUUUUUGUCCUUUGCAUACUUCCUUGCGACGACGAACAAUUUUCACAAUUUUCACGCGACUCUGGUGGUGGUGUGAUGGAAGAAAAACAAAAAGGUUUGUGUGUUAAACGAACAGAAAAUCCUUAUAAAAGAACGACCACCCUACAAAUUCUAGUUAUUGCCAUUUGUGUAGGUUAGCGUUAAGAAGAUUUAUUUCGAGAUUCGUGUGUGAGUGCGAAGAGGAGGAGCAAGGAGGAUGAAUUGCGAUAAAUUUCGAAGCAAUGGGCCAAGUAAAGCCGCCGCACACACACGAGCGUUACAGGGUAUAAUAGUAGGAUUAUGUGUAGGUUUAAGUAAGUUGUUGAUAAUGAUGCGCAACACCUUUUAAAUGUAAACCAUUCGGGGUGGAAGCGGAUGGAUGGUAAGAAGGCACAACUUGUUCAGAAACCGACAACCGCGCAUUCAACCGAUUGUCCACUCGCGCGAUUUGAGCGGGGGGUCACGUUUCUAUUUUGACUACUUUUUUUUUUUUUGCAUAUUUUCCAAGUUAACCGUUGUGGUGUGUGUUUUUUGCCCUGGUUUAAAAGUUAAAAGCACGCGUCCGUGUAUCAUACAACUUGUACGUGUAGAAAGAACUAGUUUGUUGUUAGUAAUGCACAGAAGUAAAAGGACUACUGAGGAGAGGGGUAGUAGAAGAAGGAGACCUUUGUUUCUGGUUUACACGGAGGGGCCAGUAGUAGGUAUGAAUCAAAACUAUUUACACACAAACAAGAAAGCUGUCUCUUUAUAGCUAGUACAACCGUGGAGAAGAUCGUGCAAACACUUUAUACACACACAUGUACAAUAGGCGCAACUCGGGCAAUCAUCAUCCUAUACAAGCUAUCUUGUCGACGCGGUUCGUUUUGGAGUAUUUGCGUAAUGUACAGCAAUUCAGUAAAGAGCGCAAGGGGGAAAAUCACAACAGAAAGGAGAACUAUAAAGAAACAAAAAGGAUGAAAAAGAUAUGGUACAAAAGAGCAUAUACUAGGUGAGAGGAAUGUACAACUUUUCUUCACACUCAAUCGGCAAAUGGGGAUACACAUAGAAGGUAAAAUGGAGACAGAGAAAGGUAGCGCAGGAGGAGCGGGAAUAAUCUCAGCUAGUAGGAAGCGGCAGCGGCGGUGGGGUGGUACUAGAGCCACCAAUACCUGAUGUGUUGUGUGCGUGUGCGCAGGUGAACAUUUCGAUGCAGUUUCAGAUUAUUAUUUUUUUUUCUAUUAAAAUGUUUGUCGUAUGAAA